GUGGAUGGUUUAAUUGCAGAGUUUCGACUCAUGAACAUUUUAAAUACUACAUAAAGUAGUUUGGGCUGACGUUCUCACAACGUUAAUGAAAGCACUUUAAUUAAACUGUUUAGCUAAAAAAAACCCAGCACAAAUAAAUGUAUUCACAUGAUUUGCAAAUCUUUAUUAUUCGAUGUACAUUGUGGAGCAAAACAGUAAAAACCAUGUAUUCUCUAAUAAGGUUGGUUAGACAAUUAUACAAUUGCAGCUCUUUAGUGGUUUGUUUCAGGGGUACGACAAUAGGCUAGUGGUUAUCUCUUGUUCAGAGCAGAAGUAUAAAAAGUGAAGAAACUUCAAAAUGUAUUCAAAUAGACUCAAGUUAUUACCCGUGUAAUUCAGCUCGUUUCUUUUAAUGUCGCUGCUCUACUCUUAACUCGACGAACCGAUUUUAAAUUUCACGAGUCCUAAGUCUUCAACUUCAAAGCCCCUCUCCAUCGACUUCAAUUUUGUCAGCGGCAGCACAGAAUCAGUUGGAAAUAAAACCUUGUAAUGACGACAUGAUGCAUUUAUGUGGUCUUAUCAAAGGCCCACCGGAUACUCCUUAUACUGGUGCUGAAUUCAAUUUAGACAUUAUAAUCCCUGAAAAUUACCCAUUUGUUCCCCCAAAGGUUAAAUUUAUCACAAAAAUUUGGCAUCCUAAUAUUAGUAGUGCCACUGGUGUAAUUUGCCUUGAUGUACUAAAGGAUCAGUGGGCUGCUGCUAUGUCAUUACGUACUAUACUUCUAUCUAUUCAAGCAUUAUUAGCUUCUCCAGAACCAGAUGAUCCACAAGAUGCAGUUGUUGCUAAUCAAUAUAAAAGUAGCAUAGACGCCUUUAAUCGAACUGCACGUCAUUGGGCAGGCAUUUAUGCUAAUGGACCUGGAUGUGAUCCUCAUUGUGUUGACUUAGUAGAUAAACUUGUUCAAAUGGGUUUUGAUGAGCAUGAAGCUUGUCGUGCAUUGUCCAUGAAGAAUUGGGAUUUAGCAAUGGCAACAGAACAUUUGAUAAAAUAA